AUGAAAAUAAAUAUAAUAAAAUAUUAUUAUAAAAAUAAUAGUAAAAAAUUAUUUAAAAAUAAAAAUAUUAAUAAUAUAAUUUUAAAUAAUAUUUUUUUAAUUAAAUUAAAUUUUUAUGAAUAUAUAAAUAAAAAAUUACAAAUUUAUAAUUUUAAAGGUAUAUUAUUAAAAAAUAAAAAAAAUAAUAAUAUAUUAAUAUUAAAAUAUAAUAAUAAUGAUAUAUUAUUUUUAUAUUUUUAUUUAAAUAUAUAUAAUUUAAUUAAUAUUUAUAAAUUAGGUAUAUUUAAUAUAACUAGAAUAAAAUAUUUAUUGUAA